ACCCACACUCUUCUCACUUCGCCUGUUAUCCAUUCGCUCAACCCAACUCAGUCACUCGUUUGGUCUUUGUAUCUGUCUUCUUCGGUUCUCAAACCCGUUUCUUGUUCUCACCCUAUACAUUCUUUAUUCUUGUUACCGCAACUCCGAGAUCGUCAUGUCGAACAAAGCCUCCGAACUUCCCACCACCAACCAGGGCGCCGCGGCGGCCGCUGCCAAACCCGCUCCGGCCCUGCAUCCAGCUGUCUAUAUCGCUUCGUGGAUUGCUCUCAGUUCCGGUGUGAUUAUCUUCAAUAAGUGGAUUCUACACACUGCUGGAUUCGGUUAUCCCCUAUUCUUAACAACAUGGCACUUGUUUUUCGCGACGGUCAUGACCCAAAUCUUGGCUCGCUUCACCACCGUGCUCGACUCUCGGCACAAGGUCCCGAUGACUCGCAGCGUCUAUCUUCGCGCUAUUGUGCCCAUUGGCGUGUUCUUCAGCUUGAGUUUGAUCUUCGGUAAUUUGGUCUACCUGUAUUUGAGUGUCUCUUUCAUUCAGAUGCUGAAGGCAACCAACUCCGUCGCAACACUUAUCGCUACCUGGGCCCUCGGUGUCGCUCCUGUCCGCCUCGAAACACUCGGAAAUGUCUCCGUCAUUGUCGUUGGUGUGGUCAUUGCGUCGAUUGGCGAAAUCAAAUUCAGCCUUAUCGGAUUUAUUUACCAGGUUUUCGCGACUGUCUUCGAGUCUGUCCGUCUGGUCAUGGUGCAAAGACUACUCAGCUCCGCCGAAUUCAAGAUGGACCCACUCGUCUCUCUUUACUACUUCGCCCCUGCUUGUAUGGUCAUGAACGGUCUCGCUACCCUUGUUUUUGAGAUUCCAAAGAUGACCAUGUAUGACAUUCGGAGCGUCGGUGUGGGCAACCUUGUGGCCAAUGCGUCUGUCGCUUUUGCUUUGAACGUUGCUGUCGUUUUCCUGAUUGGAAAAACUUCUGCUCUCGUUCUCACUCUCUCUGGUGUCCUGAAGGACAUUCUCCUCGUCGUUGCAUCCAUGGUCAUUUUCCAUGACCCCGUCACACCCCUCCAAGCCCUUGGAUACGGUAUCGCGCUCAUGGGUCUUAUCUACUACAAGCUCGGUGCUGAGAAUGUCCGCCAAUCCCUCCGUGGAGUGGGCAUCCGUCGCUCGAUCCUCUUCGUUCUUCUCGGCGCACUUUUUUACUUCGGAUUGUCCCAGUACACCCAAAACGCCACCGUUUUCUCACCCUCUCUUUUGAGUGGGCUCGGCUCGAAGAACUAAACGGUUCUCGUCGCGCACGCAUAUCGACCAAUCACUGCGACACCUUUCUCUCUACAUUGGAUAGCUUAACUUCUCUCGUCUGUGACGAUAUGGCAUUCACGAUAAUUCUGUGAUAUAUAUUCCUGCAGUCAACACGUUAUGGUUUGUUGCUGACUGAACGACCACUUUUUCUUCUUCGAUUUCAAACCAUUCUUACUUUACAUCCUAUAGACUUCGAUUCUUGGUUUCUACCGCUUUGGCCAUCAUGGUAUGGAUGAUGGUUCAUCAUUAUUUUUUUUCCUUUACUUUUUACCUUUUUAUACAUUUUUUCUUUUCUUUCUUCUGCCUCUGAUUCGGAGUGUAUAUAGUUAUUAUUCAAUACAUAUCCUUUGCGAUGAUUUUCCUCAUC